UUUUAUUUAUUUAUUUUUUGUACCCUGGUAUCACCGGGCUUGUUCUUAUUAUUACAUUAGUUUUGUUUACUAUCUAUUUAUAGUACUAUUUUCACUUUAUUAGCAUGCAGCUCUCGCCCCAUUCACUGUUCAAAGGUUCUUUUUCGUUUGUGACGUCACUGGUUCCCAUGGCAGCCUGAAUCUCCAGGAAAUCGUCAACACAUGAUCCAGUAACGUUACACUUUCAGGCUAACGCUAGUUUUUAUCAUUGCUUAGUUUUACCUAUUGCCUGUUGCGGUUUCGAGGGCAUUGUUGCUUUUUGGGGGAUUAAAAAAAGCAGAAAUUUAUUUGAAUGGAGUGUCUAGUUGGAGAGUCAUCCUUUCAGAACCUGCAGGCUCUGUCUGCUUUGUUAUCAGCUCAGCAGGAUGAUGAUGAUGAUGAAGACUGUAAAAAUGAAUCAGCCUGCGCACAGCUGGGUCCUGGACACAUUGGCCCCCCACCCAAAAAAGAUAAAGUAUCAAAUGCCUGUGUGAAGAAGAACAGCAAAGAUAUCUGGAGCGAGGAAGAGGUGGCUGAGGGCUCCCAGUAUGAUGAUCUUGCUGACCCGCGGCCUCAGCCUGAGUAUGAAAUAAUCCUGAAGCAGAGUGUGGGGACAGAGGAUCUGUUUUUGGGCUUGAACGGAAAGGACCCGUCCUCCAUGUGCUGUGAAGCCAUGCUGGUGAAAAUCAAACUACCAGACACUAAAGCAACAGAUGUAGUCCUGGAUGUAAAAGAGAAGUUCCUUGAUCUACGGACGCCAAAAUAUAAACUGGGUCUCCAUCUCCCACAUCCGACCCACAGCCAUGGGGGAAAGGCUCAGUUCUUCAGCGAGAGGGAGGAACUGGAGGUAACUCUCCCAAUGAAUCGUCCCAUGGAUUUUAUCAACAUGCAAUAAGAAGGAACGCUAUUACAAAGAUGCAGAGUUAGACCUGAAGCCGGUCCACAGAGGAGAUGACGCAGGCAUCUUUUAUGGGUCAAAGAAAAAGGUGGUCAGAGAAAUGGUCAGCAUAUGCAUAACCUGUUUGUUUAUGUUCUGUAAAUGGUGAUUUAAUGCUAUUUUGACAUUUGUUCCCACUGAUGACUAUUAAAAUGUCUUUCUAAUAAA